AUGAAGACGUUUCCUCCCUCCGACACCUUUUACUGGUACAAGAAUGAAGAUGUUUCCUCGUACCAAGGUGGCUUGGAGCUGUGGAACCAUCAUCGUUAUCAUCACCAACCGGAACACGACCUCAUACCUCAAGCAAGGCCUCUCUUCCACCAAGAUCUUUACAGCUUCGCGGCUGCUUUAGGAGUGGGUCCAACCACCGUGUCCGACGAUCAGUCACCCUCGAGAUCGGCCUUCCUAGUGACGGCGUCGGCCGUGGGGAGCGAAGCAGCAAGUGGAGCACGUGAGAUUAGCUUCCAGGACUGCGGGAACCAGGCGAAGAAGGAUUGCCCUCACAUGCGGUGUAGGAUAUGCUGCAAGAGCCGUGGCUUCGAUUGCCAAACCCAUGUGAAGAGCACUUGGAUUCCCGCUUCCAAGCGCCGCGAGAGGCAGCAGCAACUCACCUCUAUCCAACAACAACAGCUUCUUGCUGUUGAUGUUUUCAAGUUCCAAAGAGAUCAUGCCUGGUGA